GGUGGUGCCCCACGGGAGCCAGGAGCAGGGGUGUCCCGCGGCCCCCAGCGGAACUGAAACUGGAUGUUCUAGAACAUCAUUCAAAACAGAUACAAUUUCUAAAGGCACUGUCACAGAAAAACUGCAGGCAAACAAAAAGACAGAGGAUAUGACAAAUUACAUGGAUGAUUUAACUCUAAGCUCACCAAAAGAGAGAGAUUCUCGCUCAAAGUCCAAAACUAGUCGGGGCAGAUCAUCUUCAAGAUCAUCUAGCAGAUCAUCUUGCAGUUCACAAUCUAGUUCAAGCACUUCUUCAACUUCCUCAAGGAGUUGGAGCAGGUCUAGAAGCAGAUCAAGAUCACGAGCUAGAAGAAAUGGUUCCAGAAGGUAUAGAAGAUACUCAAGAUCAUAUUCCAGAAGUCGGUCAAGAUCAUGUAGCCUUCGAUACAGAGGAAGGUACCAUCCUAGAACCUACAGGAGAUACCGCUGUUCUCCUCCAAGGUAUAGAUCACGCAGCAGGUCCUGGUCUCGUGGAAGACCAUAUUAUAAAAGAUCCUUUUCAAGAAGCAGAUCACAAUCAAGAGGCCGAAGAUACUAUGGAUUUGGGAGAACCAUAUAUCCUGAGGCUUACAGAAGUUGGAGAAGCAGAUCACGAACAAGAUCUCGUAGCAGAACACCUCUGCGCUUAAGUGAAAAAGAUAGGAGGGAACUCUUAGAAAUUGCAAAGGCUAAUGCUGCAAAAGCCCUGGGAACAGAUAACAUAGUCUUGCCAGCUAGCUUGAGAGUCUACAGCCUAUCCAAAGAGACAAAUGGUGGAAAAUGCAGAAGUGAAGAUUCUGCGGAGUCCACUGAGCAAUCCAGAAGACUAACAGAAAACGUAACCAAAAGUGGAACUGAGAGAUCUCCCGCAAUGAAAGGCCCAUUUUUCAGCCCUAAUAACACAAUGGCAAAGCCAGUACUCCAGAAACCAGCAAGUCUCUCUGUUAAAGAGACAGCAGUAUCCUUGGGAAAAGAAGAUACAAAGAGAAAUCCCUAUGGGCAAUGGGUUCCAAUGAAGGAGGAAAACAGCUUAUUUAACCUUUCACCUAAAAGCGCACCCUUCCGAGCACGCUAGCACCUUUCACUCACUGCCCUGUGAACUAUUGGCAUUAUGCAUUACUUCCAGAAGCGAGGUCUGAAAUCCUCUUAUCCGGUUGAAUAUUUUUGUUAAUAAGUAUUUAAAGAUGUUAAUUUUGACAUGUUAGAUUUUUUUUUUUUUCCAGAUCUGAAAACACAGCACAAUGACCCAGAAACUACAAGUGGGAAUCUUAGGUAUAUAUUUGUAAAUACUUUUUUGUAUCACUAGAAUGGAGUAGAAAUUACAGGUGGGUAACUUCUUCUCAAUGUUACUUUAGCAGCCACUGUUCUGAACAUUUGUAAUGCAUUAUUUAAGUAAAACCUCUGUUUUGUUCUUUAAGGCCCUAUGUAAUAAUUCAGUUGAACUGUGAAGUUGCCCUCUUUGUUUUUAGUCUGAGCUCUGUAGGUGGAAAUUGGCCUUAUGUAAUUAGCUUUGAGUGAAUGGUGAAGUACUAAAGAGCAAAUAGGAAAUAAUCAGAGGCUCUCAAUAGACUUCAGAUGUUGGAGCAACUUGAUUUCAAGUUAAAAAUGUUAAAUGCAUAUCCUGCUCUGAGUGAUUCUCUGGAAUACACUUUCUUAAAUCUCUCUGCAGAUGUUUGCAUUACGAUUGUAUGAUUGUCAUGCAGGAAUCCUUACUCAGUUAUGGCCCAGUCGUGCAUGUUUAAUCUUAAAGAAUCAGAGUCCCACUAUAUGUUGCUUUCUAUUUGGACUUCUAAAAUUGACACUUAAAACUUAAUCACAGUUCUUCUUGUUGGUGAUUAGUUCAAGGCUUGUUUUUAAGACUUAAUCACCACUACUCAGAUCUAAAAUGGUAAUCAUAAAUUUUACUCAGAUCCCCUGGACUUCAAAGCAGUAAGGAUAUAUUGAUGUGAGGAAGUUUACAUUAUCCUAAU